CCAAACCGGCCGCCCUCAACCUCUCGUUCUCUCUUCUCUUCUCUCUCGUUCAGAAACGAUAAAUGGUCAAAAUCAAAGAAUACUGACCUCUUUCUCUUCUUCUAUCCCUCGAUCUUCCUACCCUACCUUCCCUCGUCUCCUUCUGAUGAAACUCGAGCAAAACCCCAGGAAAGUGACGACAAGCAGAGACCCCUCGAAGACCACAGAAAGAGGAUGAUCCAGAAGGUCUUCACGUCGGCGGGGGAAGAUGGGUGGCGAAGGAGACCCGACAGUCUGGCGACGGGAAGGAGUAGAUCAGUGUAAUUGUUUUUUUUAAUAGACCUAGGCUCGAUAUUUCCUAUGCAUUUGAUUUUUUUGGAUUUGGCAGUGGUCUUCGGCGAUGAAGGAAGGAGACAUAGGUGGCUAUCCUCUUCUUUUUGUGGGCGGUGGGAAAGUCUGUUGCCUCUUGGAGAGAGGUCUGGAGACGAAAUUUGUUUGCCCUGAGGAUUGAUUUGGUUAGCCUGAACUGGGGUGGAACUCCUGGGAUUUAGUAUGGACUACUAUUUGGGUUGUAUUCUGAUUAUUUUCUUUUUCAUUUUGCAGGUUUGUGAUCUGGUUUGGGCUCAAAGAGAGGAGAAAAGGAGCCCAAUGACUUCAAUUGUUGAGUCGGCCCAAUUUGAAAUGGUGUCUUAAACUUCAAAUUUUUUGUUAGCAGCAACAGGCAAUCAUUGUAAUUAGUUUUAGUUCUUGAUUUGGU